AUGAAGUAUUACGAAAGUGCAAGGAUUUGCAAUUUGCAUUUUCAAGAAUCAGAUUAUGAUUCAACAACAAGGCGCUUAAAACCAACAGCAGUUCCUACAGUUAUAAUAAAUCAAGAAACUGUAUCACCAGGCAAGCAAUAUUUUGUAAAAUAUGUUAGUAUAUUACAUGAAGAGUCUAUUGUGCAAAUAGCUGCUCUGGCUGUACCAAGCACUAGUUCUGACAUUUAUGAAAGUAGUUCUGCACUUAAGGAAACAGGAGUGAAACGUACUGCCUGUAAUAUUGAAGACCAAACUAGUAAAAAACAAUGUCGAAAAAUUCUUAAAAAUUUAUGCAAUCUUAACAAGUUACCUGUCAGCAGUGAAGACGACGAUCCCGCGAAGAUAGAUAGGGGCGUACAAGUGAAAAUAAAAUUAGUAAAGAAGAAAUACUUGAGAAGAAAACUAAGAUUCUUAAGCAAAAAGUGGCGCGCCAAACUAAAAAAAUUCAGGAUAUGUCUUCUUUAA